AUGGCCGCGCGGCCCCCGCCGGCGCGCGGGCCCCCCGACGCCGGCGUCUGCGUCCCCGCGCGGCGGUGGCCGUCCAGCCCGCGCCGGCCCGGGCCGCGGCUGCCGGGGCUCCUGCUGCUCCUGCUCCUCCCGCCCCCGGGCGCCCUCUCCGCCGUGUUCCAGGUGGGGGUGCUGGGCCCCUGGGCCUGCGACCCCCUCUUCGCGCGCGCGCGCCCCGACCUGGCCGCGCGCCUGGCCGCCGACCGCCUGAACCGCGACCUCGCCCUGGGCGGCGGCCCCCGGUUCGAGGUGGCGCUGCUCCCGGAGCCCUGCCGGAGCCCGGGCUCGCUGGGGGCCGUGUCCUCCGCGCUGGCUCGAGUCUCCGGCCUGGUGGGUCCCGCGAACCCCGCGGCCUGCCGGCCGGCCGAGCUGCUGGCGCAGGAGGCGGGGGUGGCGCUGGUGCCCUGGGGCUGCCCGGGCGCGCGGGCCGCGGGGACCACGGCCCCGGCCCUGACCCCCGCGGCAGAGGCGCUCUACGUCCUCCUCAGGACGUUCCGCUGGGCGCGCGUGGCCCUGGUCACCGCGCCGCAGGACCUGUGGGUGGAGGCGGGGCGCGCCCUGUCGGCGGCGCUCCGGGCCCGGGGCCUGCCGGUGGCCUCGGUGACCUCCAUGGAGGCCUCCGACGGCGCCGGGGCCCGGGCGGCCCUCGCCAAGAUCCGGGCCGGGCCGGCGGUGAGAGCCGUGAUCAUGGUCAUGCACUCGGUGCUGCUGGGCGGCGAGGAGCAGCGCCGCCUGCUGGAGGCCGCGGAGGAGCUGGGCCUGACCGACGGCUCGCUGGUCUUCCUGCCCUUCGACACGCUCCACUACGCCGUGGCCCCGGGCCCGGAGGCUCUGGCCGCCAUCGCCAACAGCUCCCAGCUUCGCCGGGCGCACGACGCGGUGCUCACGCUCACGCGCCACUGUCCUCCCGGGGGCAGCGUGCAGGACAGCCUGCGCAGGGCCCAGGAGCACCGGGAGCUGCCCCCCGACCUCGACCUGCAGCAGGUCUCUCCGCUGUUUGGCACCAUCUACGACGCCGUCUUCCUGUUGGCUGGGGGCGUGACGAGAGCAAGAGCGGCGGCGGGGGGCGGCUGGGUGUCCGGCGCAUCUGUGGCCCGCCACAUGCGGGAGGCCCAGGUCUCCGGCUUUUGCGGGGUCCUGGGAGGGAGCGAGGAGCCCUCCUUUGCGCUGCUGGACACAGACGCCUCGGGGGACCGGCUGUGGGCCACACACCUGCUGUAUCCCACCGGAGGCUCCAUGCGCCCUGCUGGCACCCCCGUGCACUUCCCUAGAGGAGGACCAGCGCCGGGACCAGACCCUUCCUGCUGGUUCGAGCCGGAUGUGAUCUGCAGCGGAGGGGUGGAGCCAGGCCUGGUCUUCGUUGGCUUUCUCCUGGUGAUAGGGAUAGGACUGUUGGGGGCCUUUCUGGCUCAUUAUCUGAGGCACAAGCUGCUACAGAUGCAAAUGGCCUCCGGCCCCAACAAGAUCAUCCUGACCCUGGAAGAUGUCACCUUCCUCUAUCCACAGGCGGGCAGCUCUCGAAAGGUGGCCCAGGGAAGUAGAUCCAGCCUGGCUGCCCGGAGCACCUCAGACAUCCGCAGUGUCCCGAGCCAGCCCCCAGAGAGCGCCAGCAUUGGCCUCUACGAGGGGGACUGGGUUUGGCUGAAGAAAUUCCCAGGGGAUCACUAUACGGCCAUCAGGCCCGCAACCAAGACAGCCUUCUCCAAGCUGCGGGAGCUCCGGCACGAGAACGUGGCUCUCUACCUGGGGCUCUUCCUGGCGGGCUCAGCAGACAUCCCUGCCGCCCCCGGGGAGGGCCUCCUGGCUGUGGUCUCAGAGCACUGCGCCCGGGGCUCCCUCCACGACCUCCUGGCCCAGAGAGACAUCAAGCUGGACUGGAUGUUCAAGUCUUCUCUCCUGCUGGACCUCAUCAAGGGAAUGAGAUACCUGCACCACCGCGGCGUGGCCCACGGGAGGCUCAAGUCACGGAACUGCGUGGUGGAUGGGAGGUUCGUGCUCAAGGUGACAGACCACGGCCACGGGAGGCUGCUGGAAGCGCAGAGGGUGUUACCCGAGCCGCCCAGCGCGGAGGAUCAGCUGUGGACAGCCCCAGAGCUGCUCCGGGACCCAGCCCUGGAGCGGCGGGGAACUCUGGCUGGCGACGUCUUCAGCCUGGCCAUCAUCAUGCAGGAGGUGGUCUGCCGCAGCACCCCCUACGCCAUGCUGGAGCUGCCCCCCGAGGAAGUGAUACGCAGGGUGAGGACGCCCCCUCCCCUGUGCCGGCCCUUGGUGUCAAUGGACCUGGCACCCAAAGAGUGCAUCCAGCUGAUGGCGCAGUGCUGGGCAGAGCAGCCAGAACUCCGGCCCUCCAUGGACCUCACCUUUGACCUGUUCAAGCGCAUCAACAAGGGGCGGAAGAUGAACAUCAUCGACUCCAUGCUGCGGAUGCUGGAGCAGUACUCCAGCAACCUGGAGGACCUGAUCCGAGAGCGCACGGAGGAGCUUGAGCAGGAGAAGCAGAAGACGGACAGGCUGCUCACCCAGAUGCUGCCUCCAUCUGUGGCCGAGGCGCUGAAGAUGGGCUCCUCUGUGGAGCCUGAGUACUUUGAAGAGGUGACGCUCUACUUCAGUGACAUCGUGGGCUUCACCACCAUUUCGGCCAUGAGCGAGCCCAUCGAGGUGGUCGACCUGCUCAACGACCUGUAUACGCUCUUCGACGCCAUCAUCGGCGCCCACGACGUCUACAAGGUGGAGACCAUCGGAGACGCCUACAUGGUGGCCUCGGGGCUGCCGCAGAGGAACGGGCAGCGCCACGCUGCGGAGAUCGCCAACAUGGCGCUCGACAUCCUCAGCGCCGUGGGCACCUUCCGCAUGCGCCACAUGCCCGAGGUCCCCGUGCGCAUCCGCAUCGGUCUGCACUCAGGCCCGUGCGUGGCCGGCGUGGUGGGCCUCACGAUGCCUCGGUACUGCCUGUUCGGGGACACCGUCAACACUGCCUCGCGGAUGGAGUCCACCGGGCUGCCGUAUCGCAUCCACGUGAACAUGAGCACCGUUCGGAUCCUCCGCGCCCUGGACCAGGGCUUCCAGAUGGAGUGUCGAGGCCCCACGGAGCUGAAGGGCAAGGGCGUUGAGGACACGUACUGGCUUGUGGGCAGACUCGGCUUCAACAAGCCCAUCCCCAAACCGCCGGAUCUGCUGCCCGGGGCGAGCAACCAUGGCAUCAGCCUGCAGGAGAUCCCGCUAGAGAGGCGCAGGAAGCUGGAGAAAGCCAGGCCGGGCCUGUUCACCGGGAAGUGAAGAGCCGCUGGGCGCAGGAUUCUGCAAGGCCCUUCCUGCCGUUGCUGCUGUAUGGGACCAAUGCCCGAGACUUCUGUCCAACUCUGCGUCCAAGCGUUCUGAGCCGGGGGUCUGCUGCAAACCAGCGACGUGACCUUGGAAAGAUCUGAAGUGUUGCGCCCCCCCCCCGUGGUAGAAUGAGGGGGGCUGCGCGCGUUCCGUCUCCCUGUGGCCCUUUCAGCGAGGCUUUAGAAUGAGUAGCCCUGGGAUUCGGGGCUCUGUGACAUAGAGCCUCCCAGCUCCAAAAACCCUGAGCGCAUUGGAGGCGGCAGGGGUGGAGGGCUAUUCGCUCUCUAGGCCCUGUGAGGCCCCAAGUAAGGAUCUGGGGAAGCCCUCAGGCCCUUCCCCCCGGGAAGUGGAGGCUCGUGUUCUGUCAGGGCAGGGGCCACCGCGCAGCCUGGAAAGGCCAGGGCUUUCCUUUAGCCUCAAUCCUAUUCCCAUUUCCAUUACACGCUGGCUCCUACUCCGGCGGGCAGAACCGACUCACUUGCCUAAGUGCAGAGAAAAGCUUGCUUUGGUGCGCUGCGGCAGGAAGCCAGCCGCGCCCUGGUUUGCUAACCAGAGUGGCAGACGGCUGGUUUACUCUCUGCUUAGCUAGGUGUUGGUGAAACGACCGUCUAGGAAGAUCAUUUCUGCCGAGAUCUUUGCAACAAGUGCCCACACCCAGUCCCGGCUCAUCCCCAGCUGCAGUUUUCUGAGGCACCAGAUUCUGGGCUUUGGCGUGUUUGGCUCUGGCUGUCAUCUGUCACCGACACAGACACCGGGAGGUGGUGCGUGUCCAGCGCGGGUGAUGUACAAACUGGAGACGGCGCUGACGGAUCUGAAAGAGGUGAAAUGAAGCCCUCACUGUGAGCAGCGUGGCUGCCAGGCCAGCGGCGUUGGCAGCAGCGUUAGACACAGCGAACCUCAGUCCCAGUCCACGCCCACGGAAUCAAGUCUGCUUUCGGAAGAGCCCUUCAGAGCACCUCAGGCCUACAGCAACUGUGUAAUCCGAGAAUGCCCAGGACAGAGGCCAGACGUUACACUUGCUUGGUUUGGCUCAUGGGAUGCUUUUGUUUUGAGCUAAUAUUUGAAAAUCAGUUUAAAAGUGGUAAACGUACACACACACACACACACACACACACACACCAAAGCCCAGCCCUGAACAGGCAGAGGCAGAUGGAUCUCUUCGUUUGAAGCCAGACUGGAAUACACAGUGAGUUCCAGGCCAGCCAUGGCUGCCAUUAAGAAUCUCUCUGACAAAACAAGUAAUUAUAGUUAUAUGUGUAACGUAGAAGCGAGGGCUAGAGAGAUGGCUGUGCAGUUAAGAGCACUUAGUGAUCUUCCAAAGGAGCCACGUUUGAUUCCCGAGACCCACAACGAGGCCAGCAAUAGUCUGUGAUGCCAUUAUAGGGGCUCUGACGCCCCCUUCUGGCCUCUGUGGACACUGCAGGCACACAAUGCCCACGCACGCAGGCAACACACAUACACAUAAAAUAAAUCUAAAAACAACUUAACUUUCCUUGAAAAGUAAGCAUAUGCAGUCACAGCGAAGUAUCUGCACGGUACCAACUCAAGGACGCUGGUGGAUGCUAAAGUCCUUCGUCUCAGGUCCAUUACGUCAGAAGGAACUUUUUACAUUGCACUUUACCCUGUGUUCUUUAAGUCAUUUCUAGACUAUUUGUAAUGUACAUGGUAGAGAAUAAUGACAAGAAAAACCGUCAGUACGUGUUCAUUGCAGACAGCUCCCUAGGCUUAACCGCGCAGCACACAUUCAUGACUCGCUCUGUGGACACAAAGAUUGCAGCUCUCGUCUUAAAGGAGAUAAGAGAUGCUUUAUUCUGGAGCCGUUCUGAGUGACCGUGGCCUCGGGUACAGAUUUCUGUUACCCGAGAUUCCACGUUUCAACGUGAAGCAGUUUCAUGGUGUUUUUUUAAUAGAAAGAGGGAAGUCAUAAAUCAAGGCAACUUUAACAUACAUUGGGGUACCAGAGAGGUGGGAACAACGAGAUGGAGGAGCCUAGUCUAUGGGCUCAAGAUGCUAUUUUAUGAGUCUUAGCUCUUGGAUUGGUGGAAGCUAGUUUUCUGCUGAGUCAACAGCUUCUAAGAGGUUUUUGUUGAUUAUCACGAGGUGUUAGUUCUGAUACAGAAUGGGGCGACAAAUGGUUGUUCCAGGAGGCUAGAGUGAGCCCAAGACACAGUAAUUAGCCUCGGAGCCUACAGAGCUCCAGGCUGAGAGUCCAGGCGGUCCACCGGUCUCUGCAGACAAAGAGACUCCCUCUAAGAGUUUCUCGGUCACAGCCAGACACAGCUGCUUUUCAGGAAUCUGCUCACAGUAGAAUCCGUGGACGCGGGUUGGAAACUACAAAGGGCUGGCUGUCUUAGAUCCCUCUUUUCCUGACAUCAAGAGCAGCAUGUAGGGCUAGUGUCACCCUUGGCCACAGCUGCUUUGAUCCAGGCAGCACCUCCAGUUCUCACGGUCCUCACUACUUCCCACUAACCCAAACAUCAAGGUCUCUUCUGACCUUGACGUAGGUAGUUUGCCCGGGGUGGUAAGAUCACAGCGACUUCUAAGGCGCUGCUGCUGCUGCUCUUCUUCCUUCAGUACUGAUUAAUGGCUUCCUCCCCUUCCUAAUGGUGAAAUUUCAUUUUAAGAUAUAAAUGCAGCCCCUCAUCUCCUGGUUAGCCAAGUAGAGCUGCUAUAGGCUAGUUAGCACAAUUAAGAAUUUUAACUAUGUUCACAAAUGAUGAGUUAGAACUGAAAACAAAGCAAAAAAAAAAAAAAAAGAUCUAACGUGAACACUUGCACAAUGUAAGAAUAUAUUUGCACUGUUAAACAUAUUUCAUAAAAUUUUCUCUGUACUUGGGUCCCAGGUUGAAGGGAAGAUUCCAAAUUGCUGGCCUUCAACUUGAUAAGGGGUUAGCUCUCAAAAACCCUGUCCCUGCUUCCCUCCUGCUCUCUCUUCUCCCUUCCUCCCCUUUCCGCCUGAGGCCUGGAGUAGUGGAGGACUAGCCUGGGCAGGCUGGGGCAUGGCACCCCAGUGGGAGAGAAGGGUGAGCUGAGGCUAGAGGAGGAGGUGGCAAGCUCAGCAGCCCCAUUGAUCCCUUCGCUCGGCAUCCAGGCCAGCUGCUGGUGGUCUCAGAAGCCUGGACUUGAGGGUGUGGGAGAGUGGGCUCCAGACCCACAGAGGCCGUGGGAGGAAGAGGAGAAAGGUUGACAGGCCCCUCUACCCUCACUCUUCCCCCAUUUCCCUCUGUCCUCUUCUCUGUCUGAGAGACCCCUUCCCCAUGUUUCUCCCUGCCUCCCUCUGCACUUUCCUUUAUUUCUGAGGAACCCCCAACCCCAACCCCAGGCUCAGAUUACAACCUGCCAAUCUUAGAGCCUUGAUUCUAAUAUUCCCUUCCUCCCUUUCUGUUGUCCCCAGACCAGGCAACUCCCAGCCCGUGAAAGCACCUGACGUAGUCACUGGGUACCCCACAUUUCCAGGUGUGCUUACACUACCUCGGCCAGCUGGCCCGCCCCAGGAGCCCAUACUUGGGGCUGUCCUCACCUUUGGAUGGCAUUGUUGCUGGGACCCCCAUAGCCAAAGCAGGGACUUUCCCCAGCUGCAGCGUGGAUUCCAAGGCACAUCCCAGGGCUCCCUGGUGCCUUUCCUGUGUGCUGCUGUUUCAGUCUCGGCCCUGCUCUACCUGCUCAUCUGUGGUGAACCCCAGGCACUCCCCUCUGGGGCAGUGGGGUGAGCUGCACCUUGGCAGGGGCUUGUGACAUAACCUUGUAGGGUUAUCCAUGUUUAUAGGAACUUUUUGAACUUUGUACCCAACACAGCGGGUGGCACAUCCUGGUGUUUGGGCCCGGGAUGGUGGAGCUGAAAUAAAGGUAUGCUUCCUUC